AUGACUGAACUCGAGGCCAAAAUCAAUAAACUCGAAUCCCUGUUAACAAGCGUUCAAAAUCAAUUGGAACGCCUGGCGGCAAAAGGUCAUGGGGGACGCAAACGCAAGUCUAGAUCACGACCGCUGCGCACCCCAGAGUGGGAGGCCAUCACGAAGGCCUUUUCCGAGCUUCGUCGUGACGUGGAAGACAUCAAGAAAACCCUUUCUUCUCAGGAAUCGGAUACCCACUCCCAAAUGAAUGGAUGGACUCCAUCACAGGAUCAAAGCGGGCGAAUUUCGGACGUCGGCACUCGGCUCUGGCCAUCACUGACAAUGUCGCAGGAGUCAACCCAUCCCUCGAAACAGGUGAAUGCUUUCAGAGAGGGCACGUCUUGCGAAAAGUCGAAUUCAAGGUCCGUAUCGCCAGCUUCAUUGGAGACAGAUUCUGAGGUCAUUUCAGCCUCUCCCUUGACGUCGGCAACUUCUGACGGAGCCAAUUCCCCUGUAUUCGCCCAUUGGCAGGUGCAGACGAUAUCUGUCGCAGAUAUGGGCGAUAAUCUGGUUGGGAACCUUUCUAAAUUCGCCCUGUCUGACUCGUUCUCCAACAUAAUUACCAUCGAGGAUCUAUAUCAAGUUGAAUGGAAGGACGUCGCCAAACUACUUGACAUUCAGCAAGGAUAUGCACACUUAUUCGUCACGUACAAACCUGUUGAUGUCAUGCCCGCAUGCACCAUGCUGGUGAAGGAUAUAUCGCGACAGAGGCCACGGCAGUUUAAAUUUCCAGAUCCUUCUACGCCAAUCAAUCGACCGUCACUUCAUGACAUCAGUAAAUACUUGGAACAAACGGUAAAAGACCCACCUGAAUCCUCGCUCACUUACUACGUUGGGCCACGACUUACGACUUGCUUCGAUCAUCUACUCCACUCUGGGCCUGAACUGUCGAAGCUCGAUAAUAUAGCGGGUGUGAAUUCUGUGUACGAUCAUCUUGGAGAAAGGGGUUCAGGCACGGCAUUUCAUCACGAGGACGCACGCUUAUGGUCUUGCAACCUAACGUUAUUUGGCUGGAAGGCAUGGAUUCUAAUACGAGAGCACCAUACCGCGAAAUUCGAGGAUUUUGUGCGCACUAAAUGGCCAGACAAGUGUGACCAGUUUGUACGUCACUGUUGCCUGCUGUUUGCUCCUUCAAGCCUUCGUGACAGAGGAAUUGAGUUUGACAUACGUUGCACUGGACCUGGAGACCUGCUGGUGACAAAGCCUCGACAGUAUCAUGCCGUUAUUAAUUUUACCAACAGCUAUGCCAUAUCAACAAACUUUCUGCCCCCUGGAGAGGAUGCCAUACCUCCUGGACUGCGUGUGUGCUCCGAAUGUGGCCUCCGAAACUUGUACAAACAAGUAAAAAUGGCGAAACCCAGGGCCACACCAGUCAACAAGCGAGUUUCAAUCCACCAAGCUGUCUCCGAAGUCUCCGAACACAGAGUUAGUCCGAACCAUCUUCAAGAACUAAAAUGCAAGGAAAAUGCAAAGGAAUCUGUGAACUCGGUUUGCACAACACCAAUCGAAGAUCCUAACGGCCACCAGCAUGAUCAAGUCCUCAAACUGGUGGCGGCGAUGCAGAGUCGGUCCGCACUUCUACAGUUUUGUGCAAUGGUUAAGGCUAGCCGCGCGCAGAGCAGCUCUAGGUCUUUUAAGAAUACGAAUAGUUAUGAGGAACGCCUUGUGCAAUGCGUUACCAACCUCAACAUAUCUGAGACCGACUCGGAUGUGCAGAAACUUCGCGUCAGGCUCGAUCAGAUCCGCCUUGUAGACCACCUGGAGAAUUCUAGGACUGGACAAUUAAGAUGCAGUUCUGAGGUCAAGCAGAGAGUUCUAAGAGCUGUUAAUUGGCCUGAAGCAAAACUAGAGGGCCACCAAAAGAAAGGUAGCAAGUGGAGGAAAGUUCGCGGCACAUUCACUGGAAUUCUCUGCUUUAUUUUUCCUCAGAGAGGGAACCCAGAUAAGAUUAAGCAGAAAGACUACCUUGACCUCGCAAAUAAUCCAAGGCUACUAGCAGCCUUCCAUGACCUCCUUCGAAACGACUAUACACAAACAAUGCGGAAAAUGUAG